AUGGACCAUACCAGAAUUAAGAUCAAAAGAAGCAAUGACACUGAAGCUGAUAUAAUUAGUGAUUUGCCGAGGGAUGUGAUACAUGAAAUUUGGGAACGCUUGCCUCUUAGGGAUGCUGCAAGAAUGUGUAUUCUUUCGCAUAAGUGGCAAGACAUUUGGACUUCAACCCCCCAUCUAACUUUCGAUGUUCACUUUUGUACAAGUGUGCUCAAAGAGGAAGUACACGAGGCCCUUAAGUUUUGCAGUGUUGUAAGCAAAAUUCUCUUUCAACAUGAAGGUCCCAUUCACAAGUUUUCAUUGUUUGUCCCUUCUUUAAAUGCCUGUCCAGAUGUUGACCAGUGGAUUUCCCAUCUUUCAAGAAAUGGUCUUAGAGAUUUUAGCCUUUGGAAUGCAUACAUCGCGCCUCUUAAGUUGAGCUCGCGUCUUUUUUCCUGUGGUGAACUGGAAAAGUUGAAGCUUCACUUCUGCAUAUUCAGGUUUCCUCUUAAUUUCGAAGGCUUCCCAAAGCUGACAAGCCUUGAGCUUGACAGAGUUGUUUUAAGAUACAAGACUUUCAAAGAUCUAAUUGGCAGUUGCCCAGUACUACAAAAAUUAGUUUUAACAAACUUUACUGGUUUGGAGCAAAUGAACAUUGUUAUAGAUAUUCCGAAACUUAGAUACCUGACUAUUGAUUGGGUAUUCGGGUCACUUGAUGUGAAAUUUUGUGAGAGUCUUGUGUCGGCUUCGUUUGGUAUUCAGAAACUGGUCAGUGUUCACAAGGGGUUCUUAGGUGAUCUGGCCAAAGUUCUUGCAAAUUCAAGUAAACUUGAAAGGCUAUGCUUUAGAUGUCACUUUUGUAGGGUUUUAAUUAAUGCAGGCAGCAUUCGUAAUACCUUUGAGAAACUGAAAAAUCUGGAAUUGCUAUCACUUCAUUUGGAUUAUCUGGAUGACUUAUCUUCUGUGAUUAGCUGCAUUCAGAGCUUUUCUAACAUUGAAACACUUAAAAUCACUGUAAUUUCAAGCACAAACCUUGCUGGACGUUUAGUGGACUCCAAUUCUGAUUUUACAUUACACCACCUCAGGUGUGCCAAAAUUGGAAUUUUGAGUGCUUUUACUACAGAGCUGAAGCUGAUUGAGUUUUUGCUUGCUUGCUCUCCUGUGCUUGAGCGAUUGUCAGUACAUACACCCCUCCUCAAGAGGACUUCCCGUUCAAGGAUGUUAAUGCAAUUAAAUAGGUUUCGUAGAGCAUCACGAAUGGUGGAAGUCAUCUGUCCAGAGAACACAUUGCCAAAGAGAUCUGUUCAUGUUGCCACCUCACCUUCUACUUCAGAUUCGUCUUCUGAUUCUGCUUAA